AUGUCUAUGAUAAAAUACCUUGUGAUUCUCUGCAAGUUGCUUAAUUAUUUUUUGCCAACCAUUCUUCUCAUAAUUUUGCCGGUAAUAACCAUGUCGAUCUGCAUUCACCACCAAAAUCGCUUUUUCAGUAUUUGCCGAGAUAUGAAGCGGCUUAUCUGA